CCGAAAUAUUUGUAUCGCUAGGAUAUCAUCGCUGAUGUCUCUGGCUUGGCGCUCUCUAGCCCAACACGGAUCGAUUCUAUGAUUGUUCCGGCCCUUGAUGGAGGACGUGUGUAUUUCCAAGUUAGGCAACACUCCAGCCAACAACAACUCGACAACGACCACAACGUCGACCACAACCGCUAGCAGCCUCCUGAGCAGACGAAAGAAAUUGAUCCUCCAGCUAUCUAUGGCGAGGUUCGUCCGCAAUCUUGACGUAUGGCUUGAUAAAAUCCCUGAGCACGGUUCCUCUGCCAAGACGUUGAAGCGGCCUCGAGGGGCCGUUGAAAGUGAUCAUCUCUACCAGGAUCAGGAUAGUGCUGCCGCUGAAGAGGAGUCUAAGGAUCAACAUGAACAACACCAACAUCACCCUGUGACGAGAGAGGUCAAGAAGGCGACUACUACCAAGCGGGUGAAACACCAUGGCCCUGAAGCACCAGGAGGAGAAGGCCGCAAGUUCGCUUGUCCGUUUUGUCAGCAUAAUCCGGCUAGGUACAGGACUGUGAAGACGUGUUGUGGUCCGGGGUGGGAUAGCGUUCAUCGGGUUAAAGAACACAUCUACCGUCGCCACUCCCUCAAAAACACCUGUCCCCGAUGCUACGAGCAAUUCAAGACAGACGAUGACCUCAAGAGCCACCAAAGGGCAGAAACGCCCUGCCGACUCCGAAAGGACAACGUCCCCGAGGUGAUCACCGACGACCAAGACAAGAAACUGCACGCCAGAGCCAAGGCUGGAUUGUCGGAGGAAGACAAGUGGAAUGAUAUGUACCGCAUCAUUUUUCCGGGACCAGCGGGGUCGAAGAUUCCUUGUCCUUAUUACGACAUCUCCACCACCACCCCUUCCUCCUCCCCAUCUACCACCCCCCACUCUUCAGCAGCGAAGAACAAGACCACAACAACACCACCAACAGCCUCCUCCUUCGACAUAUCCUCCUUCAAAGACCUCCUCCGCCGCGAACUCCCCCGCUACGUCGAGCCCAUCUUCCGCCAAGAGCUCGACAAGAUGAUGACGUCCGUACAAACGCAGAUGAACCAAAAGGCCGAUCAGCUGUUCAAAGACGUGGUAUUCAAAUUUAGUCGGACAUGGGUGUGGCCUGGUACCACUGGUGGUGCUAAUGCUCCUGGUCCUGGCACCGCCGACGACGCUACGACAGUGAUUACGCCGUUUAGUAGUCCACCCAGUCCAACACCUGGGUCACCAAGCCCAGGCCGAUACGACAGCACGCCCGGUGACGCAGACAACCACCGCCACCACAGAGAUGGAGCAGAAGAAGGAGAAGGAGAAGGAGAAGGAGAAGAAGAGGGAGAGGGAAUCCCAGCCAGUACCAACGAACCCACCAGCUUUCUGGAAACCCACUCCCAGAGUAACAGUGCCUGGCUUGACUCCCUCCUCGAAACCAUUGACCCCAUCACACUCGUCGAUCUCCCCUUCUUCAAGAACGGCGAAGUCGAUCUCGAGGCUUGUUUGGAGGGGAUGAUGACCAAUGGUGGUGGUGACGAGGUUUCUGAUUCGGCUUAUGUUUCUUUGCCGAGCGCGGCGGAGGGUAACCAAGGUCAUGGUGGUGGUUAUGGGUUUGGUGGUAUAGGGAUGGGGAUGGGAAUGGGAGGAAUGGCGGGGUUGGGUGUUAUGGGGUUGGGACAGUGG